AUGCCAGUCGCCGUAAGAAGAGCAGCCGUCGCAGAACAUACCUCCUCCCCUCCCCUCCCUUCCUCCUCCAUCUUCACUCCCCAAUCCCUGCUCCAACAAUCCCGCUGGAUCCGCGAUGAUCUAGACCCGCAAGUCGCCCGCAACGGCCCCAACGCCCUGCGCUCCGACGACCUCCUGGUCCUCGACCAAUUCCUGCGCAAAAUACAAGCCUCCAAACUCACGCUGGACGACAUCCGCUACAGCCGCCUGCACCUCGCGAUGCUUAGCAUUUCCGGCUUGGCGACGCGGUGGCCCAACAAAUUGAUUGAGAGGGCGGAUAAAUUAAGGGCCGAUUGGGAGGCGCUGUAUGGCCCGCUGAAGACCUGGGGGACGCCGUUGUAUGAGAAGGGUGGGAGGCUGAAUGGCUUGUGCAAGGCUGAGGAUGUGCAUAAUGAGAUGCUCCUUGCGAAAUGGUUGAAGUCGAAAAGUGCGAAGAUUAACCCGCUUUCGUCGAGGAAGAGUGGGAGCAUUGGCUUCACUGCUGGGGACUGGUGGAUCAGCCCCAUCUUCGCCUUCAAAGACGGCAUCAUCGACUCGCCCAGCUCCGAAGGCGGCAUCACCGCAGACAGCAAAGGCGCCUACGCGCUUCUGAUGAUUGAUGACGAAGAGCUGGGCAGUCUCUCGCCCACCACUUUCACGUAUCGGACAAAGCCACAAGACAACGGUCGAUAUCGCCUGACGAGCGCUACCAUAGGCUCCAGACACCCGAUUCGCGUGCUGCGAAGCCAUACGUUGCGCAGUUUCUGGGCGCCCAAAGCGGGUGUGAGAUAUGACGGGUUACACAAAGUGGUGGGCUGGUCGAUCAUCACCGACAAAGCGACGAAGCAGAUGGUAUAUCAGGUGCAACUCGAGCGACUUCCCAGCGAGCCGAGCAUGGAUGUCGUCCUCCGUCGGCCGUACUCGGAUGAAGUGGAGGACUACGGGGAGUACAAGCGUCUUCGACACGUUCUCCGCGAGCAGCAGGAGGAGGCGGCACGAGGGGCGGGCAUUGCUAGGCUGGUUGUCAACCCCGACUUCGUGCUCACGGAUGCUUGA